GGUUUGAAUAGUGGGUGGGGGAUCCUAGAGUGAUUCUGGAGAGAUAAGGAGAUGCAUGGCCUGCCUGAGAAGGCCAAAAACUAAAACUAAACAGAGCUAAAACAGAAAGAUUUGUGAUGUAGGUGGAGUUAGUGUAGAUCAGGGGAGGGUGAGAAAAGAGGGCUCAGACAUGUGCAGAGAAGUGUGAGGAGUGAGUGAGGGCAGAGCUGCAGUGGCUUUGCGUGGAGUGAGAAAUAGAGAGACAGAGUGUUGCUUUUACAGAAGAGAGAGGCAGAUCAAGCAGCAGAGGCUCACACAGCAGUGACAAAGAAAGGAAGUGUGAUAAUCAGCUUGGGCAAUGACUGUGUAAAUUAUUUGUUGCUGUUCCGUUCAAAGACUGGGGAGGUCUAACACAGAAAUGAAUGGUGAUAACAGCAAACAGCGAUAUGUGUCAACCUUCAGGAUGCACAUCAAGCCUCCCUGUGCAUCGUCUGCACCAGGGAAUGGGCUGGGAACUACAGACACCAGGACUUCAGACAAAUGUACUGACACAGGGUCUCUUAACCUCUCCUCAUGUAAACGUCUGGAUCCACCCGUCUUCAUAGAGCCCCUGGUGGACUGCUGCGUGGAUGAAGGAUGUGACAUCAUACUGCGGGGGGUUAUCACGGGAAGUCAGCCAAUCAAAGUGUCGUGGUUGCACAAUGGUGAGGUGGCCCGUUAUGGGAAUCCUUCCUUCAACGGCAGGGAGACAAGUUUUUUGGUGAGGGAGUCUUUGCCAGAAGAUGCUGGCGCCUACACCUGUUUGGCAGAAAACAGUGCAGGGAAGACAUCCUGCUGCGCUGCUGUGUUCGUCAGAGGUGAGGGAGACACUGAGACAUGUGGGACAUCUUUCAACUCCUCAUACACAGCUGAGAGCACACUCGUGUUUCCUGCAAGUUACUUUGAAACCAUCUAUGACAUGCAGAAUCGCGUCUCAAAUAUUCCCACUUCUGCAUCCAAGAGCAUUAUGGAGAAUGGACGAUCACCGCAGUCUCCCAAAAAAGAGCUACAGAAGUUCACAGGAUCUAUUUGUACCUCCCCAACCGGCUCUGAUAAGCUUAGCCCAGUCUCAACUCCAAAAGAAGUCAUCCCAAAGAAGAGAGCCAACUCAGGAACAGGUCCAACGUUACAUUUCAAAAACCCUCCACAGCACAUCAAAGUGGAGGUGGGACAAACUGCCCGAGUGACGUGUUGUUUCACCGGCAGUCCCCCUGUAGUGUCUUGUUGGAUACGAAACAAAGACCAGAUAGUGGAUGGUCCAGAGCUAUGGUCAGAAAAUACUGAUCAGAGCAGUACACUGGUUCUAGCAGAGGCUAAACCACAACACACAGGUCGCUACACUGUUGUAGUGAAGGACCGCAGGAACUCAGCACAACACACGCUCACCCUUUCCGUCAUAGAGAGGCCACAGCCUCCUGCCUCCUGUCCUGUGAUCUCCCUCAUCUCUACCAACAGCCUUGUGCUGUCCUGGUCGGGCCCCUGCUACGACGGUGGUAGUGCCAUCCUUGGUUAUGUGGUCGAGGUAAAGAACCAAGGACGUGUUGAACUUGGGGACUGGAGCGAGCUCACUGCUCAGUGUAAAAGUACCUCAUACAGAGUGAGCUCUGGGCUGCAGCCUCAGCAGGAAUACUGUUUCAGAGUGAGGGCCUACAACGAAGUGGGAGUAAGUGAGCCAGGGCCAGUGUCACCAGUGGUCAGGAUGGAGCAAAAAGACUUAGACAAACCACAAGAAGAGGAGGCCCCUCAAACCUAUACCUGUGUCACUAUUGACUCUUCCCACAAAGUCACAGAUCAUUACAAUUUGCUGGAGAAACUGGGAAUGGGAAAGUUCGGCCUGGUGUUCAAGCUGACCCACAAAGUAACAGGACGUGUGUGUGCUGGGAAGUUCUACAAAGGCCGACGAGCCAAGGAGAGGGAGGCUGCGCGUAAAGAAAUAGAGUUGAUGAACUACCUCCACCACCCCAAACUGGUUCAAUGCCUCGCUGCAUACGAUCACAAGCCAGAGAUGGUCAUGGUCAUGGAGUUUAUUGCAGGCGGGGAACUGUUUGAACGUAUAGUGGACGACAGCUUUGAACACACUGAGCCUGCCAGUGUGCGCUACAUGCAGCAGAUCCUGGAGGGGAUUGCCUACAUGCAUCAGCAGAAUAUUAUCCAUCUGGACCUCAAACCUGAAAAUAUUGUGUGUGUUGACACCACUGGAACCUCGGUUAAGAUCAUUGACUUCGGAUUAGCCAGCAAGCUUGAUGGCAGCACGCCUCUGAAGGUGAUGCAUGGGACUCCAGAGUUUGUGGCACCUGAAGUGAUCAACUAUGAGCCUGUGGAUUUGGCCACUGACAUGUGGAGCAUUGGGGUCAUAUGUUACAUAUUACUGAGUGGUGAGUCUCCAUUCCAGGGUCACAGCGAUGCAGAGACCCUGGCCUUGGUCACAGCUGCCCAGUGGGAGUUUGACGAGGAGAGCUUUGAUGAAAUCACAGACGAGGCCAAGAAUUUCAUCAGCUCAUUGCUCAACAAGGAUACCAGGCGGAGGAUGUCCUGUGAAGAGGCACUUGCUCACCCUUGGAUGGCAGCGUUUGACUCUAGAGAUCUCGCCACCACCAAGAAUCUGUCCAAGGAGAAAAUGAAGAGGUUUCUAGCCAGGCAGAAGUGGAAGAAAGCAGGUAAGGCCUUGUUGGCCCUGAAGAGAAUGGCUCUGCUGUCUAAAAGUGACAGCUCUGCAUCUCCUACCAGCCCUGGAGAGGACUCACCCCUGAGCCCAGAGGCAGCCCAUGCCCUGCAGUCUCUGGAGCGCAAGAUGCAGGAGCCACCCCAGUUCACCCAGAGCCUGGAGGACCAGACAGUUGCUCAGGGAUCCAGUGCCCGUCUCUCAUGUCACCUCACAGGAUAUCCUGACCCAGAGGUGGUGUGGCUGUGUGCGGAAGAGCCUGUGGUGGAGUCACCCACAGUGCAGAUAGAGUAUGAGGAAGAUGGCCGCUGCACCCUGGUCCUAGCCAAAGUUGGCCCAGGGGACACCAACGUUUACACCUGUAGAGCCACCAAUGACCAUGGGGAGACCUCAUGCUCAGCUAAACUCACUGUUCCAGAGUAGAUUCAUAAUAUCUGCUCAUGUAUACAGAGAUAAAUAUAUAUAUAUAUAUAUAUAUAUAUAUAUAUAUAUAAACAUAAUGUUCUUGACUGCCUUCAACAGUUGUAUUGUACAUUCCUGUUUUAAUACAGAAGGGGACCAAACUGUACAUCUUGUACUGUGGCUGGAAAUAUACAUGUAUUACUGUACAAAUUGUAUGAACAGAUGAAUAUUGUUACAGAGUUACUAUAUAGAUAAAGGCUGAUAUUUCUUCA